AUGUGGCCAGAUCAGGAUUUCAUGACCACAAAGCCCAUCGGAAGGCCAUAUCCUUACAACAUCACAUGUGCGCCGGUCAAUUAUGCCAAAAAUGAUGUGCCAACAACGUGCACGCUUGGCAUAAGUCCUCAGUACGCUGUCAACGCAACCAGUCUUGAGCAGAUCAAUUCGACCAUGUUUUUCGCUCAGCAAAAGAACCUCCGAUUGGUCGUAACAAGCACAGGGCACGACAUGCUUGGUCGCUCGGACGGCUUUGGGAGUCUCGAAGUCUGGCUCCGGUACUUCAGGAACAAGCUAGAAUUCCAGGACGUCUACUCCCCUGUCAACGGCUGCCAGAGGUCCAACUGGACUGGAAGUGCUAUAGUCAUAGACGGCGCGUACCAGUGGAAGAACGUAUACGCAUUUGCGAAGACCAAAAAUGUCAUUGUCGUCGGCGGAGGCGCGAUCUCACCAGGGGCUAUCGGUGGUUGGCCAUCCGGCGGCGGCCACGGUCCAGCAACGCGGAAUUACGGCAUGGGAGCAGACCAGAUCCUCGAGGCCCGAGUUCUGCUUGCCAAUGGGAAGGUAGUAACUGCCAAUCACUGUGAGCACAGAGAACUAUUCACCGCGAUCAGGGGUGGCGGGCCCGGGUAUGGUAUUGUUCUAGGUACCACCGUCAAAGCGCACCGGAAUGUCGAUGUUGUGACUGCUCACCAUCUAUACUUGGCGCCGAUACUGAACACCUCCAACAGCUCCGACCUUCUCGACGCUGUGACCAUUCUACUAGAGUCACUGCCUGACCUCAACGAUGCGGGUUUCGCAGGUUAUGGAUUUUGGUCCAGCAGUUACCCUGGGCCGUUCAUCGGCAACGCGACCUCUGGGUAUUCGCAUGGUUUUUGGACUAUCGGUUUGAAUCAGUCUGAAGCAGAUGCUGCCUUCGCGCCCGUCAGAGGCAGGCUCCAAGCCUUCAACAAGACACUCUCUAUCAGCGACGAUUUCGCUUCCUAUUCUGACUACUGGUCAUUCUACGAGGCCGAGUCAGGACUGUACGACGCUGCAGGAUCCUCUGCCAUCUUGACUUCGAGGCUUAUUAACCGCCGUGCCCUCGCAAAUCACACCGCUGUUCGCGAGGUCGUUGAAGUUAUCGCCGGCAAGCCAGAAGAUUUCACCGUCAACGUGAUCAAUCUUGUCUCGGGCGGCCAGGUAUUCGCGGAUGCCGCCGACGAAACUUCUGGACUACAUUCCGCGUGGCGCACCUCCAACUAUUUUGUUACUGUCGGUCGGGGCGUUGCCUUAAAUGCUUCUCAUGCUGAACGCUACUCUGCCAUGGACGACGUGACCUUUGUCAAAGGCGCUGCUUUGAAGAGGUUAGCACCGGACACAGGCGGGUAUAUGAACGAGGGAGACAGGAAUGAUCCAGACUGGAAGACAACGUUUUACGGGAAUAAGUACGGGGAACACCUGGCUACCAAGAAAAAGUAUGAUCCAUACAACACUUUCUACUGCGCUACUUGUGUAGGCAGUGAAGUGUUCAUAGAGAGGCCAGACUCGCCUCUAUGUCCUGCAUGA